AUUGGCACUCAUAUUUUUCUACACGUGCGUCUUGAAUUGUUGAUAAAUUUUAUUCCAAAGACUUGAACGGAAAAAACUAAUUUUUACCCAUAAAUAUCCAACAACAAUUCCAAAAAAAUGGGUAAAAAGACCAAAGUUGGAAAGGCCCGUAAGGAUAAGUUUUAUCAGUUGGCCAAAGAAACAGGUUUCCGUUCACGUGCCGCCUUCAAGUUAAUUCAAUUGAAUCGUAAAUUUGGCUUCCUCCAGCAAUCUCAAGUAUGUAUCGAUUUGUGUGCCGCACCCGGAGGUUGGAUGCAAGUGGCCAAACAAAACAUGCCGGUCUCCUCGAUCGUAGUUGGUGUGGAUCUCUUCCCGAUCCGCCCGAUUCCCGGAUGCAUUGGUCUCGUCGAAGACAUCACCACAAGCAAGUGUAAGACCUCUUUGACAAAAGAACUGCAAUCGUGGAAAGCCGACGUAGUGUUGCACGAUGGUGCUCCAAAUGUCGGAAAGAACUGGCUUUUCGAUGCCUACCAACAGAUCUGCUUGACUUUGAAUGCCCUUAAACUGGCAACACAUUUUCUUCGAGGUAAUGGAUGGUUUGUGACGAAAGUCUUCCGUUCCAAGGACUACAAUGCCUUGCUGUGGGUGCUGAAGCAACUCUUCAAGAAGGUCCAUGCCACGAAGCCAAGUGCUUCCCGUAAGGAGUCAGCUGAAAUCUUCAUUGUGUGCCAAGGAUAUCUGGCUCCAGAUAAAAUCGAUGCUCGUCUCUUGGACCCCAAGUACGUCUUCGAGGAACUCGACUUGGAGGGAAAGAAGAAGAGCAGUCUUCUGCAUCCCGACAAACAGAAGCGCAUCAAGGCCGAGGGAUACACAGAGCAGGAGGUUGCCCUGCGCAAUGACAUCUCUGUCAAGGACUUCAUGGAGAGCGCGAGUGGUUUGGGAGCCUUACAGGGCAUCGGUAGUAUAACAGUUGAUGAUCCCGCAGUCCUGAAACAUCCCAAGACCACCGAAGAAAUCCUCGAAUGUUGUAAGGAUAUAAAGGUUCUGGGCAGGAAGGACAUCAAAGGUAUUCUGGCCUGGUGGAAAGCGGUCAAGGAAGAUCUAUUCAAGAAGCCUGAGGAGCAGGAAACAGCUGUCAUCGAAGAAGAGGCACCAAAGAAGCCACUCACUGAAGAAGAAAUCAAUGAACUGGACAUGCAGCAGUUGGACAAUCUUGUCCACACUUUAGCCGAAGAGGAAAAGAAGGAUUUGAAGAGGAAGAAGAAGAAGACACAAAAGGCCAAAACAAAGCUAAAUGAAAAGAUGAACCUGAAUAUGGUCAUCAAGGGAGACGAGGGGCCGACAGAAGGCUUCGAAAGUGAAGUUUUUGAGCUGAGAGACAUCAAAACCGCCGAUGAGUUGGACGCUUUGUUGGAUGUUUCUCCAGAUUUCGAUGUCGAGGGUCCUGAAGUGGAACGUCAGAAGCUUCCCAAGUACAGAAAGUAUGACAAAGAUGACCAGAGGCUCAACGAUGAUGCUCAGUAUGAGAACGACAGUGAAUCCGAAGUCUCACAGUCGGAUGACGAGAGUGACCUCGGCAAGGAUGGCCUCGGUCUAAGUGGAGACGAAGACGACAAAGAGAAUGCCAGUGGAAAAUCCAAAAACAAAAACAAGAAAAAGCGUGAUGAACAUCCUCUGAUCAAAUCCGGAGACUUCCGAGACAAAGACACAAAACGUCAACAAAGGGUCCAGCUGUGGUUUGAGAAGGAUAAUUUGCAAAAAAUCGACUCCGACGAUGAUGAGGACUUUGAUUUGGAUCGUCUGGCAAAGGAAUACAAGGCUAAAGGUGUCGCAGUCUUGGGAGCAGACAGCGAACCGGCAGCGGCAGAGAAUGGAAACAAGCCUUUGGGCAAGAAGGCCAAGCGUAAGGCAAAGUAUGCCGCAGAGAAGGAGUCUUCCAGUUCGGAGAGCAGCGAUUCCGAGGAGGAAAUCGAUGAGGAGAAAGUCAAUGGUGAUAUGAGCAAAGAACCUAAAGUCAAGAAAAUCCGUCUAUCAGAGGAGGAACUCGCUCUAGGAGCCAUGAUGAUAAAGGGAAAGAAAACUCGCCGCGACUUGGUCGACAGUGCUUGGAAUCGUUAUGCCUUCAACGACGAAAACCUACCCCAUUGGUUCACUCAAGACGAAGAAGUCCACAUGAAGAAACCAGUUCCAGUUCCUAGAGAAAUCGAAGAAGAAUACAGGCGUAAGGUCGAGGAGUUGAAUGUUCGUCCAAUUAAGAAGGUCAUGGAAGCCAAGGCACGAAAGCGACGUCGUGCAACAAAACGUCUAGAGAAGGCAAAGAAGAAUGCCGAGAAAAUUAUGAACAAUGCCGAUGCCAGCGCCCAAGAAAAGUCAAGACAGCUGAAGAAAAUCUACAAGAAGGCCGAGGAGAAGAAGAAGGAUCUAACUUAUGUGGUAGCGAAGAAGCAUUUGUCUGGAAAGCGAGUGCGACGACCGGCUGGCGUGAAGGGACGUUUCCGAGUUGUCGAUCCAAGGCAGAAGAAGGACAAGCGAGCAGCGAAAACGAAGUCGAAGCGCGACAAGAAGAGGAAGUGAGCGAAAGGAGUUUAGGCGUGUCAGGAUGUUAUAGAUUUGAUUUGAUUAUAUUUUAUAUAUAUAUAGAAAUAAAUAAUAAAAGAGAUGGA